AUGGGAAGGCACGCAGUGACGACUAACGACUUUGACGAUGCCGCGACGUACUCCCUGGGCGGCUCCUCGCUGGACGCUGACAUACUCCGGCCACCCUCAGUUGUCGUCGACGGCCCUGCGCUCUUCAAGUUACUCUCCCAGAAGUCCCGCUCGGUCCGGCAACUGCAGAGAGCGGUGGAAGAUCUCGCGGACCAGCAUUCUCAAGAGUGCUCUCGUGCGGAUAACGCUCAGCGUCAGGCUACCAUGAUCGCCGCUUCGCUCCGCGAUGUGCAGCGAGACCUCGAGCGGGAGCGGUCCGACCAUUCCGUCACGCGGGAGGAAUUGGGGAUGUAUAAGGUCCAGCUUAGCGCCCAGCAGGAGGUUACGCGCAAAGCGCAAAUCAACAUUGACGACCUUACAAGGAGGCUCGAGCGCGCUGAGCAGGAUGCUGCAGACGCGCGGACGGUUGCGCAUCAGUUGCGCGAGGAGUUGCAGGUUAUCAGGGCGCGGGAACAGGGGCGGAAUGAAGGAUUCAGAGCCGCUAUCAGGGUUCGCAGCAGGAUGGACAGCGAGGGCGCGUCGCGUGGGAGGCGGAGGGCGAUGUCCGUCGACGACUCUGUUGAUGAGGUCCUCAUCGAGCGCAGGUCGCCUGUCACUGUUCGCGAACGCUCGGCAACGCCCGCACGGAGAAGUUCGAGUCGCACUGCAAGUGUACGUGCACCCAUGCCGGCGCCGAUGCCAACGCCGGUUCCUCGUGCUCAGACAGGACCGCCACCACCGCCGAUCGAGAACCUACCAUUUGGCUCGCCGUUCACUGAAGACGAAGACUCGAUUCCUUCUGGAAGUAGCCCUCUCAGCAGCAGUUACACUACCAGCGAGUCCAUUGACGUGAGGCAGCGCAAACAUGAAGCAGAGCGCGGCGCAGGCUUUGUAGUCCCUCCUCAGGUGACUACACCUGCUCGUGCAACCCCCUCGCGUGAACAGCGCGGUGUCAUGCCUCCUCCUCCUGUGCUUCAUUCCCAACCUCAGCCUCAACCCCAGGAAGCACCUCGUCAACGACGUAUGUCACGACUCAGCUUGAAGAGGCAAUCGCGAUCUGGGUCGCGUGGUCCAGCAGAAGCCAAACAAGACCCGCAACCGAAGACGACCACCAAACCUCGCGGACGCGUCCUCUCUAAUGUUACAAAUAUUUACGCGCCUUCCUCACGCGGCCCUGGCUCCGACGUAUCCAACGAUCUCAUUCCCCGCGCUCACGAAGAACCCGGCACCGGGCGUAUGUCAAUCUAUCUCCCUACGCCGCACGAGAUGGCGCGCGCAGAAACCCCUCGGCGCCCGGAGAACUUCCACGUCGUCCAGUCGCCCGAAAGCGGCGUGUCGGGGCUCUCAGUGCCAGUCAUACCCGCGGAAGCGCCUCCGCGUCCACCGACCGCACCUCCGAAGCAGCCUCCCCCGCGCCUCUCGAUGUCGCGACCGAACUCCGCACCUCCUGUUCCGCGCUCGCCGGAGGCGUACAAUCCUCCGCCGCCUACCAUCUACGCUGUACCGACGCCGGUGCACCCUGUUCCGCGCAAGCCUAUUCCGACUCCUGUACCGGGGCCUCAGGUUAAGUCGGGUUUGCUUGGGCCGUAUAGUCAUCAUGCACCGAGCGCGUCGGCUAUCUCGUCGGAUUAUGAUCUACUUCGCGAUCCAAGAGCGCCGUCUACGCGACCGGGGUCUGCGCAACAACCUAUGCUUCAAGUCAGAAACCCGGACCCGCAGGGUCGUCCAGGGUCGAGAUCACUUAAACGUUCGAUCUUCCGCAGACAGCCUCAGCAGCAGUCCAUGGGCAUGGUCAUGGAGGAGGUCCAGCGCGGUACACAACCGAAGAGGGAGCACUCACCAACGAGCACUCCAUCUUCUUCGUCGGCGUCCCCUCCACCUCCUCCUUCGGCCACGCGGCCGAACUUCAAUCGUGGGCAGUCGAGUGGCUAUAUGAUACCUAUUCAAGUCGAAUCUCCGUCACCCGAGACCUCCCCACAAUACGAGCCUGUCACACCCAUCUCUCAUCCUGACCUGCUCAGCCCGGACUUCGCAGCACGCCCACUACCCGCCCAACCACCACCGCCCAUGCAAGACGAGCUCAAGCCCCGCGCGCCGCAACAAGCGCGCGAGACUACAUACCCAGCCUCUUCAAUCACCAACGACACACUUUCAACUGACCGCUACCGGCCGCGCCCCUCCCGACAUCAAACAUACGAGUACGCGCCGGUGCCCGAUCAAGUGCAGUACCCGCGCUCGCCGAUUGCGCCGAUGUCGCCGGAGACGCAGACGGCUGAGAGCGAGGAGACGCCGAGGGACGGGCAGGCUGUGUUGCCGGGGGGUCAGAGGCCGUUCAGUGUGAAGGUGGAGACUAUUGGGUCAUCGACUUCGGAUGCGAUGAGUACGACGGGGCUGGGAUUUUUAGGGCUGAGAGGGUUUCCGGGGAAGAAGUUGUUUAGGAGGCAUACUUGA